AUGAGCAAGCGGCAAUUCAAAUCCCAGGCGAGCAGUGGCCGUGUAGGAGGCGGUUCUGGUGGCUUUGGCAGUAGUGCGGCCGGCUUUGCUUCUUCGGGCUCAUCAGUCCUGUCCUACGUCCAGGAGCCGCCGGACUACUCGGCCAUCAGCGACUCCAAUGUCGUUGUGGCGUUCAAGAAUCUUUCAAAGAAAGACAAUACCACCAAAGCCAAAGCACUCGAGGAUUUGCAGAGCUUCCUCAUCACAAGCGAUCGAGAAGUAGAAGACGCGAUCGUCGAAGCAUGGGUCAGACUCUUUCCUCGCUUAUCCAUCGAUAAUGCUCGCCGCGUGCGUCAAUUAGCACAUCAGCUCAACGGGCAGCUUUGCGCGAAAUGUGGUAAGCGGAUAGCGAAACACUUGCCACGACUGGCUGGACCAUGGCUGGCAGGCACUUUCGAUGCGGAUCGGAUGUCUGCGAAAGCCGCUCAAGACGCCCUCUCUGCAGUGUUUUCCACGCCAGAAAAGGUGCAAGGCCUACGUAAAACUUUUCAUGAACCCAUCAUUGAGUACUGCAGGGACGCUCUCCUUAACGAGACUGUGCACACCCUUAGUGAUGAGCGUUCUGUCAGUUCCGAUGAUGCAGCAACCACUUUCGCUCGUGUAGCAGCUGGCAGUAUUGCUGUUGUCGCAAGCUUGUUGGAACCCCUUUCACAGGAGGAUAUGUCCAAGCAAAGUCACAUUUAUGGGCAGAUCCUGGACGAUGGCAAGCUCUGGGACUGUUCUACUCACGCAGACGCUAGCGUUAGGAGGGCAGCGCAUAGAUUGAUUCAUCUUUGCGCCAAGACACACCCGACCCUGAUUGAGGGUAAUCUGAAGACCGCCAGCAAAGCAUAUGUCUAUAAGGGACUACCAUCCGACCAGACGACAUCCGCAAUCGACUUUGCGCAAACGCUAUUCGGCUUGACUGUCGCAUUUCCAAGCAUAUGGACGGAAGCAUACACUGGCAAGAAGCCGGCAGUGUCGCGCUUACAGCAGUUCUUGAAGCAUGGCUCAUAUUCCGGCAGCGCUAGCUUCUGGGAAAUCACCACGGACCUCCUCCGCAAGCUCCCACCGGAGGUGUUCCCGAGAAGCUACGAUGAGAUCUCAGGUUUAUUGCUCGCCGCGCGAGAUGGCGUAAGCAGAAAAGAGGAACGUUUUACUGCAUCCGCUGCAUGGCCGACUUACUUCAUCUUGGUCGACCUGGUGACACGACCAUUGUCAGAUGAAGAUGCCGAAAAUCUGCUUGAAGCAUUUGCUAUGCCACCUGUCAACCAAUACUUGCAUCCAUCCGAGGAGAGCGCGAAAUGGAGCAUAACGGGCGCAAGAUCGGCAGCACUUGUCGCACGAGUGGCCAUGAUUCACCGCCUACCAUUGCUCUUGGAACGGAAGUGGCCGCAUCUUGCUGAGAAAGUAGCCGAAGCCGCGAAAAUGUCGCAGCCGGAGCAAUCGAAAGACUUCGAUAAGUCCCAGAAACAUGUUGCUUCCUGUGGAGAGCGAUGGGCUGAUCUCCAAAAAGAGUUUUACGCCAGGGAGGACACCUGGCCAAGUUCUGUCUUGAUGACUUUCGCAACCGCAAACACGAAGGUCCUGACACAGUGCAUUGCUCUGCUGAAGACGCGCAAUGGCAAACCAUACGGAGCAGCAGCGGUCAUUGAGCAGCAACUGAGGGCCUGCGGUCCCCAGCUACUGCAGGACACAGGCUUCCGCCAGACGCUCUCGGACUUCGUAACCAUGGAAGUCCCGAAGCUCAUGUACAGUCCCUCGCAGAGACAUCUCGUGCGAUAUCUCUAUGCGUUAGCGGUGGAUCCCCACUUCCAGGAUGCCUUUCGCGAAACCCUGGCAAGCGUACUAGAUGCAGAUGAGCCAGAGCAGCAGAAGUCAAGCGCUUUGCACGCACUGUUUCCAAUGAACAUGCCUUUGGAAGCCAUAGAUAUCGCUCGCGCGGAUGAGCGGCUGCAAAGUGUCCUGGCCGAGCAAUUGACAGAUUCAAGCCAGGCUUCACUGCUAGCUGACACAUUCAAGCUUGGCAUUGCAUCCGGACAGACUACGGACACUGUGCUGACAAAGCUGCUGGACGGAUUGUCUCUUGAUGGCCCGGGCGUGUACUCGAGUCUCACCGCGUUCAACCAGCUGGCUACUAGUAACCAGACAGUCAUUCGAGAAUUUGUCGCCAAGGACACUGGUACGAAAUUACUGCCAACUGUGCUACACCUCGAGCAGUCGCAGGAUGACACCAUCGCCGAGGCGGCUACAUCACUGUCAGGUCGUCUCUCUACAGCCAUGGGCGAUGCCGCGGCAGAGGCCAAAUUUGGUACCAUCAUGCACAGCUUGGAGAGGACCUCGAGCGCAUCACUGCCGAUCGAGGCGGUUCUCGAUCUGACCGACAAGACUAUUGGAGAUGACGCUGACCCUGCGAUAUUUAAAACACUCUUACCAAGCAUCAAACUUUGGCAAGCCUCGAUAGUGGCAAUGAUGAAACCACCAAAGGCAUCAAUCAGCCUUCUCAGUUCGCUGGGCGGCGCUGUCCAUCUUGUGCGCUCAGAAGCCUCCAGUACCAGCACUCGUGCACAGUAUGAUGCGGAGGGUUUGUCGCAAGCGUUACGCCUUGCGAUCUAUCUGGCGAAAUUGCUGAGUAGGCCGGGAGCACUACAAAGCCUCAGCGAUACCGCUGUCCAUUUCUUGGUACUGCUCAAUAUCUGCGUACUGCUAGCGGAAGACAGUACAAGUAUUCUCGACGCCAAUGGUCUGUGGCUUGCUUCGGAAAGCCGAGCACUUGAGCACGAGGUCAUGGAUUUCGUUGCAGACGCUAAUGCUGCUCUAAAGCUCUACUGGGAUGAUGCAACAUCGAAUCUGCGACAGCACGAAGACGCAUCGUUCUUUGGUGCGGUCCAGUCACUCGUUGAGCAGCACGAGGCAGAAUCGCCGAUGUCAUACUAUGCAGCAUUGGUGUCUGCAAAAGCCUACGAGAACAUCUUCGAGCUACAUGGAUAUUCGACAGAUCGUACAAAAUCGUGCGAAGACAAACUCAAAGCUCAGAAGGGUAGCAAGGACCGCAUCUCGCUGGUUUCCCUCCUCGUUGGCUCUGCACAGCCGCUAUCAGGGAGUCAGCCUCUCAGCCGGCUAUUCAAUGAGCUUGUGUCGCAUCUCACCGACUUGAGAUUGGAAUCAGACAAGCAGCGUGGCCUGGAGCUACUCAUCACUCUGAACGCUGUCUUGCACACGCAAGAGGAUAUCGCAUCUUCAGUGCAGAAGACUCGUGUGAUCUUCUUCGUGAAGCACAUUAUCGCGUGGUUGACUGCGGAGACAUCGCCUAUACUCGCUGCGGAAGUCUGCAAAUCUCUGGCUGCAUUGCUCCCGACCAUGUCAGACACAUAUGGCGAACACUGGUCUCAGAUCAUUCGUUUCUUGGAGAUGUUCUGGUCUUCGCCGACUUCCGUGUCUGACGGCACGAUCGUGUCAGAGACCGGCGUCCUGCUUGUCCAUGCAUCGCUCAAGCUCUACGCGGCCCUUGAGCGGCUCGCAAAGGACGAAGAACCAAAUGACGAUCUUCUGGAUGAAAUGAAAGAGCACAAAGGCAAUCUCCAUAACGGCUUGAUCGAAUUGCUCAGAUCGUCCAGCGGGGCAUCUGACGAGAACCACCAGCCGCUCAUGGUCACGAACGAGGUACUUGCAAGGGAAUUGUCUAGGGCACCUUUCAAGCCGGUAGCUGAGAUGGAAGAGCUAUUCGGUCUUCUGUACACCCCGUCGCAUGCUAUUCAGGGUGCUGCAUUCGACCUGCUACACAAGCAGAUACCUGCUGCCCAGGAGCAGAUUUCGUUCGAUGCUGCGUUGGACAAUAAGACAGCAAAGCUGCCAGAUGAGCUACUCUCACUCAUUAUCGAUGCUCCUACACUCGAUACGUUAGCUGACGCAUCCUUCGACCGGGCCAUGCCAUUGGCGUUGCAAGGGUACCUUUACAGCUGGCGCUUGCUGUUCGAUCACUUUACCACCUCGAGCUACCGAGUGAAAGAGGACUAUGUGGAGCAACUCAAGGAAGGCGGAUACUUACCCGGCUUGCUUAGCUUGGUGUUCGACUUUCUUGGCCACUCGAGAGGGAGGCCUAUCGACGCAUCGAAGUUUGAUGUCCAAAAAUACAUUGGCGACAGCGAACCAAGUCCCGAGAAGGACGUCCAGUGGCUGCUUAGCCAUCUCUACUACCUCGCGCUCACGAAUCUGCCCAGCAUGGUGAAGUCUUACUUCCUUGAGAUCAGGUCCCGACAAACCUCACAAGCUGUGGAGAGCUGGACGGCCAAGUACAUCUCGCCCCUGCUUGUUACGGCCAGCCUGCAGUCGGUCGCAGAUUGGGCAGAGAAGAGCGUGAAAGAUGAUCCAGACUACGAGAACAUGAGCGUCAAGGUUGGUAUGCGGAGCAAAGAAAUCAACGUCAGCUAUCUGGUCGAUGAGCAGACAAUGGCUAUCAAGGUGAUCUUGCCGGAUACCUAUCCUUUGAACUCUGCCAAGGUAGACAGCGUUAAUCGCGUGGCUGUCAAGGAAGAGAAAUGGCGGAGCUGGCUCCUCAAUUGUCAAGGCGUUAUUACCUUCUCGGCAAGUCUCUGCACUUUCCCAGCAUGGUUUCAAAAUGGCAGCAUCACUGAUGGCCUAUCUGCUUGGCGGAAGAACGUCGUUGGCGCUCUCAAGGGUCAGACUGAGUGUGCCAUCUGCUACUCGAUCAUAAGCAGCGAAAAGCAGCUUCCGACUAAGCGUUGCCCGACUUGCAAGAACUUGUUCCAUGCAGGAUGUCUGUUCAAGUGGUUCAAGACUAGCAAUGCUAGCACGUGUCCGCUAUGCAGGAACCCGUUCAACUUCAACUGA